AUCUACCUCCCUCUCACAACCCAAUUUGCUGACUCUCGAACACCCUUUCUUUCUCUCUCUCUAAAAAACCUCCCAUAAAUCUAGAGAGAGAAAAUGAAGAGAAGAAGGCUGUCACCAACUUCAUCGUCUUCGUGUUCAUCUUCAUCUUCAUGCAUUAAUGAACGCCAAGUUCCAAAGCCCAAACGAUCCUCUAGAACCCACAACAAGAACAGCACUCUCAAUUCAAAUCAAAAUGCCGCUGCUGAAAACACCCGCAGAAGCUCCAUUUACAGAGGUGUCACCAGGCAUAGAUGGACAGGAAGAUUUGAAGCACAUCUAUGGGACAAAGGAACAUGGAACAGCAUCCAGAACAAGAAAGGGAAACAAAGUGAACACCAUCUCUCUCUGUUUUUUUUCUUCAUUUCUUUAAAUUAAUAUUUAAUUCUUUAAAUAAAUUAUUAAUAUAAUCAAGCUAGAGAGAUCUGCAAUCUUAAUUUUCUGAUAAUUUUUAUUUUUAAUUUGUCAAUUAAAUUUAUUAAUUUCGAGUUCUGACUCUAUCCUUUUGGUUGUAUGGUUUGGUGUGAUCCCCUGUUCCUGAUUGCCACCAUGGUUUCUGCAUUUAUAGUUUAUUUAGGGGCAUAUGAUAGCGAAGAGGCAGCUGCUCGAACCUACGAUCUUGCGGCCCUUAAAUACUGGGGUCAAGAUACAACACUUAAUUUCCAGAUAGAUACAUACAAAAAGGAGAUUGAAGAAAUGGAGAAAUUGUCCAAGGAAGAAUAUUUAGCUUCGUUAAGGCGAAGAAGCAGUGGAUUUUCAAGAGGUGUUUCAAAAUAUCGAGGAGUUGCAAGGCACCAUCAUAAUGGAAGAUGGGAGGCACGGAUUGGACGAGUUCUUGGAAACAAAUAUCUAUACUUGGGAACUUACAGUACUCAAGAGGAAGCGGCUGCAGCAUACGACUUAGCAGCCAUUGAGUAUCGAGGAGCUAAAGCAGUGACCAAUUUCGAUAUCAGUAUAUAUGCGGAUCGCUUAAAAAAUGGCGCAUCACAAACCCAAGCUACUCCUGAAUCCACAGAAGUCAUAACCUCGUUGAAAAACGAGCAUAACGAAGAGGCUCAUCAUGACCUAAACUGUCAACAACAACAACAACAACAACAAAAACAGGAGCAUGAAGCAACAAUAGUGGAAAAAGAAGAGUCUUUACAUGAGAUGCAUGACCUUGACUUCCCACCUUCGGUUGAGGAAGAUCAUCCAUGGAGCUUGUGCAUGGACUCGAGUUACAAUCUCCUUCCGGUGCCACACAUUCCUUUUGACAAAUCAGGCGAACUGCUUGACUUGUUUCAUGGUACUAGUUUUGAGGAUGAUAUUGAUAUAAUAUUUGAUGGGUCAUUCUCGAUUGGAAACGAGUUGGAGAAAGUGCAUGUAUGUAUCACUUCGCCUUCAUCUUCAUCAUCAUUAUCAUCGUCGUCUACAACAACCUCCCUUUCUUAUCCAAGUUCUCAUUGCUGAAGAGAAGGUUGAGUCCUUUGAUUUGGUAUUGUUUUGUGUUUUUUUGUUUUUGUUUUGAAUUUUAUGCUGUUGUUUCUAGUGGAUUAUAGAGAUCAUUAAAUAGUUUGAGCUUUCUUUUGUUCUCUUUA